AUGACAAUAAUAGGAACGAGAAAUGAACGCACAGAAAUUCUUCUAAACAAUUAUCUGGACAACGAAUUUAAAAAAAUGCUUUUGCCGUUAAACAUAAUGCAUAAUUUUAUAUUUUUUCCAAAAUUUAAAAUCAUGAAUAACUUCAUAACGCCAAACAACACAUACCAAAACAUGAUUGCAGUAUUUGGAUUUGCGAUUUAUUUGAUUCCGUUUACUAUAAAAUACUUUAUGUCCGUCCGUACAAGUAGUGAUUAUAUAUAUAACUUUUUCGAUUUAAUGUUUUACGCUUACGGCAUCGGCACUAAUUGCUUGAUCAGCGCCCUGCAAACAAACUCUAAUGUUAAUUUAGUUCUUAGCCUUUCAAAAACACAUCAUCAACAAAUCUUCAAAAUUAACUUGAGGAGAAUCACCACCUGGAAUUGGAUCUAUAUUGUUUCUUGUAUAACCUUAUACUUUUCCAACGCAUUAUACAUCACCAUUGAGGCGAGAAAUCUUGACAAUUUAGUAGCAUGUGUAUGCAUAUACAUACUUAUAUGCAUCGACAUUAAUAUGGUUUAUGCAAUACGAAUACUUCAAGUAAUAAGGAUGCAACUAGAAAACUGGAUAUUAGAAUUUGAAUCACCUGAAGUUGCCAAGUCAAUUGAUAUUAAUGAGAAUAUUUGGAAUAAAAGAUUCCAAAUGUAUGUAGAUAUACAAGAAACUUUUACUAUAUACAAAAAAGUUCAUCAAAUACAGGUAAUUUCAUUUAUGUCAGUCAGUAGCCUUAUUUUUGAAAAUAGAUUAUAG